GUAGUCUUGUUUGUCUGUUUCCGCCUUUAUGGCAGACUGCUGUUCUGGUAACUGCUGACAGAACUUUGAGGCACUCUUUCCUUCAGAGGGGUUCCCCAGCCUGCCUGUCCCCCAAGGUUCCAACAACAACAAUAACUACUGAGGUUGAGGAACAAUGGAAUUCCUGGAACUCUUCCAUUUGGAAAUUAAUGGCCCCAUGGUAACAGUGGCUCUGGUACUGGUCCUCCUAGCCCUCCUGAAAUGGUAUUCCGUUUCUGCAUUUUCCAGCCUUGAGAAACUGGGCAUUAGACAUCCCAAGCCCCUCCCUUUUAUUGGCAACAUGACAUUCUUCCGACAGGGUUUUUGGGAAAGUCACAUGAAGCUGAUAAAGACAUAUGGACCACUGUGUGGGUACUAUCUUGGCCGUCAAAUGUACAUUGUGGUGUAUGAUCCACAAAUGAUCAAAGAGGUUUUGGUGAAGAACUUCAGCAACUUCACCAACAGAAUGAUGUCAGGGAUGGAGACCAAGCCAGUUGCUGACAGCAUCCUGUUUUUGAGGAACAAGAGAUGGGAAGAGGUCAGAAGUAUGCUGACUCCUGCUUUUAGUCCAAAAAGGCUGGAUGAGGUGAUUCCCUUAAUCAGCCAAGCCUGUGAUCUUCUAUUGACUCACUUGAAGCCUUAUGCAGAGUCUGGGGAAGCUUUUGAUAUCCAGAGGUGCUAUGGCUGUUACACUCUUGACGUGGUUGCCAGUGUGGCCUUUGGCUUCCAAGUGGACUCUCAGAAGACCCCAGAUGACCCUUUUGUGAAACACUGCAGGCGUUUCUUUAAAGUCUCCUUUCCUAGAUUUUUUGUGAUUUUAAUCUUGUCAUUUCCAUCCAUUAUGAUCCCAUUGGCCCGAGUUUUGCCCAAUAAAAACAGAGAUGAAGCGAAUGCCUUCCUUAGCAAAGUCAUUGGGAAUGUGAUUGCUCUCCGGGACAAGCAAGCUGAAGAACAGAGACGAAGGGAUUUUCUCCAGAUAUUCCUGGAUGCCAGGAACUCUCCUUCCUCUGUCAGUACAGAGCUCUUUGACAGUGUCAGACAGGAUGCUCAGGAUGGAGAACUUCCUACCCACCAAACAAAGUCCAAGGUGCAACCAAAGGCCUUGACCACAGAUGAAAUAGUGGGGCAAGCCUUCAUCUUUCUAAUUGCUGGAUACGAAACCAUCACCAACACUCUUUCCUUUGUCACCUACCUGUUGGCCACCAACUCUGAGUGCCAGGAGAAGCUCCUGAGAGAGGUGGAUCAGUUCAGUGAGAGAAACACUGAACUUAAAUUCUCCACUCUGGAAGAAGAAUUACCUUACCUGGAGAUGGUGAUUGCAGAGACCUUGAGGAUGUACCCACCAGCUUUUAGGUUCACUCGGGAAGCGGCAAAAGACUGUGAGAUGCUGGGCCUCCGUAUCCCCGCUGGGACUAUCGUGGAAACAGCUGUUGGCUAUCUGCAUCACAAUCCGGAAUACUGGCCAAACCCAGAGACCUUUAUCCCAGAGAGGUUUAGCCAAGAGGCAAGGCAACGGCAGCUGCCCUUCACCUACCUCCCAUUUGGGGCCGGUCCUCGGAGCUGCAUCGGAGCAAAGCUGGCCAUCCUGGAAAUCAAGCUGACGUUGCUUGGAAUCCUUCAGAAGUUCAAGUUUGAAACUUGCUCUGAGACCCAGAUACCUCUGCAACUGAAGUCCAGAUCUGCCCUAGGACCCCAAAAUGGAGUCUAUAUAAAGAUUGUACCCCGCUAAAACAAAAUGAUACCCCUCUCCAUUGCCUGGAUUUCUAAAGGGGAGCUUUUCUUAGCUGCACUCAUUCUCAUCCCUGCAACUCAACAUUGCUAGAAUUCUCAAGUGGAAGAAACCCAUUGUAUGGAUAUUCCAGCUUACAAAAAAAAAUACAGUAUAGAAAUCUAUUUUGUGGAUACCUAGCAUGUCAAUAUAAGAAAUAAAAAUAUGAGGCCAUGUUGUCAUAUACAAUCUAAAACACUUAAUAAAUGCUUGUUGUAGCA